CCUUCAGUCUUGCACAGGUGUGCUGGCUCCUGCCCUUCAGUCUUGCACAGGUGUACCAGCUCCUCCCCUUCAGUCUUGCACAGGUGUAACAGCUCCUCCCCUUCAGUCUUGCACAGGUGUAUCAGCUCCUCCCCUUCAGUCUUGCACAGGUGUACCAGCUCCUCCCCUUCAGUCUUGCACAGGUGUAUCAGCUCCUCCCCUUCAGUCUUGCACAGGUGUACCAGCUCCUCCCCUUCAGGCUUGCACAGGUGUACCGGCUCCUCCCCUGGACUGAAAUGACUCUGAUGUCACUGCACACUGUGAACUUCUCACUGCAACAAGUCAGAUAGAGCUCCACCUCUUUUCCUAGCUGGAGGACAUCCAGCUGACUUCCAUGGCCCCGCCCCUUUCAUUCAUUUGAUUG